CACUAAUUGUCACGCCCCGGAAAAGAAAUGCACUCGAUGGUGAGCGGCACACAAAUUGUUAUGUAUUUUUUGUUGACCCAAAGCAAUAUAUUAAAGGUUUUUACAGAAACUAUUGCUCGCAUAGUACUUUAAAUGUAAAAUGGUUUAGAUUUUAAGUAUUGAAUUAAUUUGGAGCUUAACAUGGUAUGUGGAUAAGCCGACAUCACUGUUCCAGUUCACACAACUCGCUGUUGAUUGGCGCCCAUGUUGAGUCGGCGUCAUCUCACCGACAUGGCAGGAGAUCAAAGUUGACUCCACACUUGUCCACGCCGACCUAGAACCUGACACGCACUGCCAAUUGGCCGAGCGGUCCGAUGGUCACCAGAUGGCAGUCCGUAUCCGAAUACGAAUCCGAAUCCAAGUUGAAUAAGGGGAGCGCAACUUUGAACUCUAUUUUACACAACUUACUUUUUUGAGAUGCCAAGAGUAUCUCUUGUGGAUCGAAGCUACCUAAAUAACAGGGUAUGCCAUAUUCAUGGCGGUUCUAUGGAACCUCUAGAGGAGAUUCCCCGCACGAGAGAGAUAUGGAGAAGAGAAACCAGUUCUCCAUUGCAACCCAGUUGAGAAGCGUUCGGCUUCUACUCACAUCCGAUCGGAUACGAUGAAUGAUCCGAGUGCGGCUUGGACGUAGCUCACAUCCAUACCGGCAAGUUACUUACUUUAGCGCCUUUAGUUAUGGCCGAUGAUUUAUGUAGGAAGGAGAAUGCCUUUUAUUGGACUCGUUUAAGUUCAAAUUUAUAAUGGAAAAGUAUGAUCUCUGAUCAAAGGCGAUGUUUUUCCAGUUUUCCCAGUCCGCAUUAAAACUAAGUUUCAUGCCGGUAAGCCGCACUUGGGCGCAAUUAAUUCAAUCUGGUCGCAGAAUCGCACUUGAACUUGCACCCGCCGCCAGAGGAUAAAUAGGCCCGACUUCUGGCUGGAUUCCGUCAGUUGUCGCUUGGCUAAAUCGGCGCACAGAGAUUACGGACUACGGACAACGGAACACGGAAUACGGAGAAAUGCAGCUUACCGGUGCCCCUAUGUUCCUCGUGUGGAUGGGUCUACUUAGCUGGGCUUCCAGCAGAGUGGACGCCUCCGAAGGAUUUCCAUCGCCGCUGAAACGCUGCAAGCUUCAGGAUGAGGCGUGCUUGGUGGCGCAGGCGCAGACCUUUUUCCAGGCCUUCAAGAAUGGCAUUCCGGAGCGGCAGGUGGCCGCGCUGGAGCCCAUUGCGCUGGGCACGUUGCUCAUCGAGAGCGGCGGCCACUCGGACUCGCUGAAGUUCAAGCUGACCAUGAGCGAUGCCAAGCUCUACAAUCUGGCCAACUCGAUGAUGUUCAAGAGCCUGAAGGGAUUCACCAAGGACCUAACCAGGCCGCUCAAGCUGACCCUGCUCUUGGACAAUCCGGAACUGGAGGUGCGGGCCAAGUACGACGUAGACGGCAAACUGCUCAUCCUGCCCAUUGUCAGCAAGGGCGACCUGACCAUUCGGAUGAACGAUGUGCACACAAAGGUUCGGAUUACCGCCGAGCCAGUGAAGCGCUCCGAUGGCCACACCUACCUCAACAUCACCGACUACAAGACGGCCACCAAGAUCAAGGGUGGCCACUUUGACCUGUCGAAUCUGUUCAACGACAACAAGGAGCUGCGCGACAGCACGCUGAAGGUGCUGAACCAGGAGUGGAGCACCCUGGCCCUCGAUGUCCAGCCGAAGAUCAACGAGGCCUGCUCCAGGGCCUUCAGGGUCAUCGUGCAGCAUCUGUGGGCCAACAUUCCCUACGACGAGUUCUUCGAAGAGGAAUGAACGCAUCGAAGUCGAACUACUUGCCACUCUAGCUAAUUACUGAUUAAACCAUCUAACUAACUAGCUGCACUUAAUCCAUAUCCGAUUGAAACAACUAGGCCAGGUGUGGGCGUUGGCUUUUCGAUAUUUAUUGUACAAUAAAUAACUAAAAAAGAUUCGGAUAAAUAAACCU